UCCUAUAAACGAAGCGGGAUCAGUGGGUGAAUGGUCGCAGGGAGUGCGUCCUGCAGCCGCUUUAAAGUGACCCGGACUCGGUUUCCUGUAUGUGAGAAGUUUGCUCUUAAACUGGCUCGUUCUCUGUUUCGCAACUGACCUACUUAAGUUGAGACAGAGAAAAACAAGGCAGUUAAACAGUGAAUAGGGGAGACAAGUCCUUAGGAACGUCCCCCCGCCGUGUGAGCCCGCAGUAUAAUACCUGCACAGGUAACCGAGACUCACCUGGUGCACUGCGGGGAGCAAGGUGCGAUCAAUGGCAGAAGCUGUGCAGCCCGGUUCGGUGUCGGCGGGGUUCCGGGCCAUGUUUUUAAUGCUCACACCGAAUGAAUCAUCUUUUCAGAGAGUGGAAGAUGUUCCUCAGUAUGUGCAGCAGGCCACUCCUUUCUUUGUAGGGCUGAUACUUCUGGAGCUAUUGGUGGGCGUACUGAAGACAGGAGCCCCAGUGAUCACCAUCAGUGAUGGACUCACCUCCAUAUCUGCUGGAAUGAUCUCCAGACUCCCACUGUUGUUGAUGAGAGGCUGUGAGCUGAGUGCGUACAUGUAUGUGUGGGACCGAUACCACUUGGUGGAGCUGCCCUGGGACUCUGCCUGGACCUGGUGGUUCACCUUCCUGGGGGUGGACUUCUGCUACUACUGGGUCCACCGCUUCGCUCACGAGGUGGCCAUUUUGUGGGCCGCUCACCAAGUUCACCACAGUUCAGAGUACUACAACUUCACCACAGCCCUUAGACAGUCCGUCACCCAGCAGUUUGCAUCAUGGAUUUUCUACCUUCCCAUGGCUCUGGCUGUACCUCCAUCCAUCUUUGCUGUUCACAUACAGUUAAACCUGCUCUACCAGUUCUGGAUCCACACAGAGUUGAUCCAGGAUCUUGGACCUUUGGAGUGGGUCUUCAACACCCCAAAACACCACAGAGUUCAUCACGGGAGGAACCUUUAUUGCAUUGACAAGAACUACGGGGGAAUUCUGAUCAUAUGGGACAGAUUAUUUGGUACCUUUGCUCCAGAGACAGAUAAAGUGGUGUAUGGCCUGGUUUUCCCCAUCAACACAUUUGAAAUCCUCUAUGUUCAGUUACAUUACUAUUUGUAUUUGUGGAGAAGGUCCAACACUUACAACGCCAUCAGCGACAAAUUGUUAACUUUCAUCAACGGUCCAAGUUGGAAGCCUGGUAAAUCUCGGCUCGGCGACCACAAAGACAAUCCCAAGGUUACCGGAAAGGAGGUGCCUCAUGAGCCCAGCUGGUCUCUGCCUUUACAAGUCUAUGUGGUCAUACACUUCCUGCUGGUGCUGCGGACGUACCACGAUUUGUUUGAAAAUAAGAUGAUCCUGUCGCAGUUAACCAUUCUGGGGAUGACCAGCUACAUCCUGCUCACUCUCACCUCCCUGGGAUUCAUCGUUGACCAGAGGCCAUCGGCGGCUGUCUGGGAGAUGCUACGCUGUGUCGUCAUGGUGACCAUGCAGAGGUACAGCUACAUGAAGCCCCUGCUGCCUUCACUGGCUGUACCCACAGAGGCCUUUGUCUCCCUCUCUCUGGUGUACUGGGCUCUGCAGAGCUUCUCUCAGCUGCUCAGCAUCAAGAACAAGGCCGACUGAGUCAACACAAGGCGACACUGACUAAUGGGCAGGGAGCUUUAUCUUUUGAAGUCAUAAUUGUUGACAUAAUUCCAUACUAACAUAUUUUUAAUCACCAUAAACUCUGUGUACAACCUCAUUUGUAUGUUGCAUCCAUCAACUUCUGCUGUUUUUUUUUAUUGGAGAAACAAAACAAAGUCAUUGUUUCAGCUUCUUCUUGAUUCAUUUUUUAUUUUUAUGUUUAACUGGUUAGAGACUGUUUAUAACUAAAGAUUUAUCAGUAAAUUAGCCAUAACGCAAGACAAGGUGCUCAACAGUUUUAUAUGAAAUGAUACAUUUCCUCUCAGUAUUUUAUUCUUCUGUUUCUCAUAUGCUUUUGUUUAAAACUAAACUACUAAAGUACUAAUCAAUCAGCACAGUCAUACAUAUAUUUUUUGCCUUAACUGUACAACAUAUACCUCUUCAUACAGAUGUCUGUAAAAUUCACUUUCUGACUUGCAAUAUUGCACAGCGCUGCACAGCAUGUUCUCACAUCUCACUGCAAUAAAACCUUUGUAAUUUUG